CACGAGAGCACAUAGUCUAAGUCCAUCCCAGCCCGCGCGCAGAGAGAAAACACUGACACAAGGUUUAGGCCUACCGUUGACGUCAAAAACUUAACACGAAUAACAGAGAACCAAGACCAUUUCACCGGUAACUCUGAUUCCGAGAAUUUCGUGUGGAUUUGGGAGAGAGAAAGAAGUGCGUACACUUGACCAGUGACCCAGGCAAUAGAAGAAAGUAACUGCAUGACUGCUACGAUCAACAUUCCAAUCACUUUCUUUUGUCUUUUUUUUCGGUCAAAAUAUUUUGGGUGUUAUAACCCUCGGCAAUUUUUUAAACAUUUUACAUCAGAGCCGUAAAGAAUAUUUUUGUUGUUGUGAAACAACAAUCAAAAAUAUAUAUUUUUUAUCACACUAAAUUAGGCAACUGGAAAUAUCUAAACGUAUUAUUAAAUAUAAUAUUUAUUAUUUUAGCAUAUAAUACCUGGAUUCUUACUCUUUCAACAUCAAAGCUCUGAGAUCCGAAAAUGGACUUGCUGUUGAACAUGACGGAUUACUACCCUUCCGUUAACGCCACUAACGGCUCCGGUUUGAACGACACAGAAGACUAUAACCAGUUCGUGCAGCCGGUGUGGCAGAUCGCUCUUUGGGCAAUCGCCUACUGCAGCAUGGUGUGCGUCUCCAUGAUCGGUAACCUGGUGGUCAUCUGGAUCAUCCUCGCGCACAAACGCAUGAGGACCGUGACCAACUACUUCCUGGUGAACUUAGCCUUUGCAGAGGCGUCCAUGUCUGCCUUCAACACAGUGAUAAACUUUGCCUACAGUGUCCAUAACGAGUGGUACUUUGGUCUGGGCUACUGUCGCUUCCAUAACUUCUUCCCCAUCGCAGCUGUCUUCGCCAGCAUAUACUCCAUGACCGCCAUAGCACUGGACAGAUACAUGGCUAUCAUCCACCCCUUGAGGCAGAGGUUGUCUUCGACAGAGACCCGUGUAGUGAUCGGAGUGAUCUGGGUGUUAGCUCUACUGUUGGCCUUCCCCCAGUACUUCUACUCAGCUACAGAACAGCUUCCUGGUAGGACUGUCUGCUACAUCCAAUGGCCCGACUACACCAACAACACAACCAUGGACUUCAAGAAGAUGUACUAUUUGUCUGUGGUGUUGCUUUACUAUUUCCUGCCGCUGUGCAUUAUGGGAUGUGCCUACCUGGUGGUGGGCUUGUCCCUGUGGGCGGGGACAAUCCCUGGAGACUCCACCCACCGCUACCGAGAACAGCUCAUCGCCAAACGCAAGGUAGUGAAGAUGAUGAUCGUGGUGGUGUGUACGUUUGCGGUGUGCUGGCUGCCGUACCACAUCUACUUCCUGCUCCAGCAGUUCCACCCUGACCCCAUGCAGCUGUUUGAGUGGCGCUACAUCCAGCAGGUCUACCUGGCUGUUAUGUGGUUGGCCAUGAGCUCCACCAUGUACAACCCUAUUAUCUACUGCUGUCUCAAUGACAGGUUCAGAGCGGGCUUUCAGCAGGUGUUCUGUUGGUGUCCGUGUGUUCCUGCAGGCUCCUACGAGGGACUGGAACUCAAGUCCACCAGCUACCUACAAACACAGGUGAGUGUGUACCGAGCCAGCCGGACAGAGACCAGUGUGUCGACGGUUCUGCAGCCCACUGAGGAGGAGUGCUGUGGGGCCGAGCUGCCAGCUAGCGCCCCUAUCAGCCAGACAACUCUGGAGCUCACCUCCAUGGACUCACAAUCAGCCCCAAACACUCCCGACAGCCCUGUUUUUUUGCGGCGGACGCAACAUGGAUUAGUAGCUCAAUAAACGCCUAACUGGA